GUCCUACUGCGGCUGAAGGACCCACGUUGUUUGCGGCCUCCGGUGAGAUCAAGCUGGGGCUAACGCACACCAGCAUCUCCACCGGCGAAGCCUCCGCGCCAGGCAGUGCACCGCUGCAGCAAGACUACGUGCCUGCCUUGGGGGAUGGGCCCGCGGCGAAGGAUCCUUCACCUGGCAAGGGUGCAGCGCAGGAGGUCGUCCUCAGCCUUCCCGGUCCUGCACCGGAGGAGGAGGCGGUCGAUUGCACUGCGCUUCUAGAGGAUGUGGACAUCAUGUGGAAGAAGCUCCUGGUGAAGCGGCAAGGAGCUAGCGCCAACAUGGGGGCUCUUUUUAAUGCCCGGCGGUUGAAGGACGAGGUGGAGGAGGCUUCGAAGUCCACCAUAGACACGCAGCAAAAGAAGGCCAUGGCUGCCGGCAAGGUUGCCAACAAAGUGCAUGCUGUGGAUGAUGCUUGCCUGGCUUUGGAGAAGAAGGCGGUCAAGAACAUGGGCGUGGCAAACGUUUGGAGACGGAAUGACCUGGCUGUCCGCAGCGGUGGCAAUGGGCUUUGCGAGAUCAUGGUCCCACACGUUAAGGGCGAGAUCGAGGUCCGCAUGUGCGUGACUGGUGCCAACCUCUCCGUCGAGCGCGCGUCCCUCAUCCCGAUGGCUCGCAUGCAAAUGGAUGAUCUGCGGAAGCUUCUGGCAGAGGUCGAGUCCGCCAAAUCCGAACAGAUCCGCUUGGAGAGUGCGGUCUCGCAAUGCAGCAGGGAUCUGAAGCAAAAGCACCAGAAGCUGAUCGAUCAGAUAGAGAAGGAACUGGAGGAGCUCGACAGGAACCCUGAGUUUGCUCCUCCUGGCACAGAGGCUCAGAACAUGGAGCUUGUCAUCGGCUGGAACGGCGUGCAGCAGAAGAAGGACGAAUCGCAGGUGCCCAACUUCCCACAAAUGGCCGGCCUCAUCAGCGCAGCAGAAAUGAUGCUGAAGGCCCAGAACGAAGCCAAAUGGGCCGCAGAGAAGGCAUCGAAACCAAAGGCAUCAGGUGGUGGUGCAGCUGCGGAGGCAGAGAAGGCGCCGACAUGUGAGUGGGUCGAGGAAAAGACGGACGAAGGCAAGGUGGCCUAUCGCAACGGACGAACUGGGGAGGUUGUCGAGGAACUUCCUGAUGGCGUGACGGCUGCCGAUGUCCAAAAGGCGGAUGGCUCUUCGAAGGCGCCCUCUCCGACGAUGCCGCUGGGCGCACGUCCGCCCUGGCAGCAGGCAAAGGCAGCGGCGAAGGCGCCGCCGAGGCCCAAGGAGGGGCAAAUUUGGCGCGAGCCGGGACUUUCCUGGAAGGCCAAAGCUCCGCCUCCGAUGCCCAAAGUGCCAGCAUUUUUGGCGAAGGAGGGGGAAGAGGCGCCAGCGCAUACCGCUUCGCUGGGGCCUGCAGCAGCCAAGAUCCCUGCUGCACCAGAGCCUGCCGCGGCCGCGGCCGCGGCCGAGCCGGCCGAGCCCCAGCAGGAGCCUGCGGCAACCGCUGUCGCCACGUCUUACUGGACCGAAGUCCGCACGGACGAAGGCGAUGUGUACUACCACAACGAGGAUACAGACGAGACUGCGUGGGAGCUGCCUCCUGGGGGUGUGGUUCGGAAGCCUGGGGAGGAGGCUCCAGAGCCGGCGCAGACCGUGCCUUCACAGACUGUGCCUUCACAGCCCGUCGAACCAGAGCCGCAGGUGCAACAGACCGGGCCCCUUCUCGCUGAUGAUGUGCGGAAGCAUGCCGACCAGGCGCAGGCCUUCCCGGUCACCUACUGGUACCCAGUCACGACCGAGGACGGUCAAAGUUACUACUGCAACUGGGAGACAGGCGAAACAGCUUGGGACGUGCCUUCUGGUGGCAAGGUAGUUGCAUCGGAAGCUGAAAUGCAGCAGCUGCACGAGCCGCAGCAGCAAACGCAGCAGCAGAUCCCACAGGCAGGCCAAGCAGGUGGAGCAUGGAUGGCUUGCCAGACUGCAGAAGGGCAUAUCUACUACUACAACCAGACCACCGGUGAGUCUUCCUGGGAGCCUCCACCCGAGAUGACGGCUCAGGCGUCGGUUCAGGGCGGUGGUGCCUGGGACGGUCCCGUGGCGUUUGUGAGUUGCAGGGGCGAGCUUGUAUGCCACAAGAUAAUAAGUGGCAUGGGGAUUACGGGACAGUGA